UGGCACCCUGAGCCCAGGGCGCAGAGCUCUGUCUGCCCGUCUCCAUUCACUCUGCUCAGCGCCGGCAUCUGAGACUCGUGGCCAUGAGGACCUGGGCUCUCCUUGUCGUCCUUUGCGUCCUGGCUGUCCAGGCCCAGGGUGAACCUGUCCCCACCGCUUUUGAGGAAGCCACGGCCCAGGAAGACCUGGAGGAAGAUGACCAAGUCCCGAAGAUCUCUGUGUUUGGGGACGAAAGUUCCGCGUUUCAGGAUUCAGGAGCCAGGGCUGGACGAACCUGUUUCUGCCGAUUAGGAGCCUGCCGGAGCGUGGAACGUACUUUGGGCGUCUGCUAUUACCGCAACCGCGUCUACAGAUUCUGCUGCUGAGCUUCACGAUCUACAGAAAUCAGUUGACAAUAUUCUCUGAGAUUUCCUGUCUCCCAGACCAUGUACCCCAGCCUAAAUAAAGU